AUGGUUGUGUCCAGCGUCGUCAAAGGAUAUUAUUUUCGGCUGAAGGACAAAUCAACCCCAUUGGAUCUUAAACUGAAGUUAAUCAAGUUUGCAUGGAAUAAUGAUUGCAUUGUAAUUGCAAACAAAGUUCAAGUUCUUCUUGAUUGUAUUGGUGGGCUCUUGAUGAACACAAAAAAGAAUGUCCUGUCUGAUGAAGAAAUUGGGUCUAUAUGGGAAUGCCUUGAUUGGUUACUUCUUUCCAAUAAAGUAAGAAGUAGCAAAGAAACAUUUGUACUAAAACCAUCAUUUAGUCAGGCUGUUAUUCUUACAAUGAACAGGCUAACCACUGAAAUUGUGCCUUAUAAAAGCAGCAUUUUAAGAUGCUGCAAAUCACUUUUCAUGUCUCCAGCAUUGUCGUAUCUCUUUACAUCUAACAUCCAAAAAGUGGUAUCCAUUUUAUCAGUCAUAUGCACUGUAAGUAUUCGACAAUUACACAAAACUGGCAGUCUUGAUCAAUCUCUUCAGGAACUAUUGUCUAUCCUAACAGACGUUUAUAAUAAAGGUCAAAGGACAAAUCCCAACCAAAAGAAGGUUUAUGAUAUGUUCUGUGACAAACUGUUCCUCCCUUGUGUCAUUUUGAAAUUUCUGUGUAAGUCUCACCUUGAGUACGAAGGGAUUUCAUGUUCAAUAACAGCCAUCAUGGAAAAUACUUUGCUAGACAAGGAUCAGUUUAUUCAUUAUAACAGCUAUUUGAAGAUUACUUGUAAUAUGGAGAGUAGCGCUCACAUGCCUAAGGUCAUUGAAAAGUUUUUCAAUCUUAUGAAGAAUGGUUUAACUGGACAUGAUGAAACUGCUCCAUCAGACAAAACAAGAGCUGCUAUUUUGGACUAUUUGCCAACUUUCUUUGUCUCAUAUUUACAACGAGAAAAGGACAAUUCUGAAUCUUGUAGAAUGAUGUUCUUUGCCCUAAACAAGCAAAUUGGCAUCACCGUGGAGACAAAAUCACUGUGUGGCCCUUUAAAAGAGUCUGAUGUACUUAUUGUUCUUGAUUACUUGCUGAAACAUGCAUAUGACUUUGGUAUUUAUGAUGUUGGACAGGAUAAUGCAGAAGAUGGUGUGUGGCUUUUAUACUUCACAAUGCUUCUGGAGUUUCUUUUAACUGUGAAAAGUAAAACUACCCCCUGGUAUUCUUGUCUGGAAACUUUGAUCCAACUGAACCCAGAAAUAACAGAAGAUCAUUUGAGUUCAAUAUUUGCCACCUGUUGGCAAUCACUCUCUCAAAUUGACAAUUCAGAAAUAGCCAGUGUUGAUUCAUUUUUGAAAACUGUCUUCACCAUCUACCACAAAUUACGUAAAGUACCCAUUCUUAUUGAUAUGCUGAUCAAAUCCAUUGAAGACACAAACAAUGCUUGUUACAUUCAAUUUCCUCAACAAGCUUAUACAAAGUUCCAGAGUAUUAUCCAAUUAUUGCCACAGACUGUUGAAAUUACCAUCUGGGAAAAAUUAGUGACAGUAAUCAAGGAUAAAUUGACUGAGGUUAUAACUUCUCAAGAUAAAGAUGCAAGCAUUAAGUGUGCAAAGACAAUGAAUCUUCUGGUCUAUUUUCUUCACCAUUGUGUUGUUGUUGGUGCCACAGUGACUGCUCAGACUAUUCAGAAAAUGCAGGAGUUAAUGAUUCAAAUGAAAGAGACAAUAUUGUCCAAUUCAAUCACUUAUUGCAUUGAUAAGACAACUUUUGAUCAAGUUCUUCUGGAGGCUACCUUGUUGUUGACCCAUGCAUGGGGUGAAUUGGUUCUUCUUUUGGCACAUUUUGCCUCUUCAGAUAUCCAGCCACAAUUCAAUGAACCCCUUGCUUUUCGAUGCUUCUCAUCUUCAACAUGGAAGAAGAUUUUGAAGCAUCUCAACAAAGGAACAUUCAUUGCUAAUCUGUUGCAACUUCAAAGGAUCAAGGCAGCUCAGUUGUUUCCAGGUUCUUUGUCUGAAAAAGAAGCCAUUCAGGUGUGUGAUGUUGAUUACAUCCUGAAGCCCCUGCUUGAUCCAGAGUCAUCGGAGGUCACAGAUAAAACUUUCAAAAUUUCCCAGUUCUUUACUCAUAAUGGCUUGAGUGUAAAAACCAGAAGACAGUCUAGUUGGCUCCUAAUCACUGCUAACCUGCCACUACUGAUGCCACUUUUUAACCAAGAUCAGCUGCAUGCAAUUGCAGAGAUUGUUCUAGACACAUUCCGUGAGAGUACUGAACAAAGUGAAGACCAUUUGGAGACAUUCUUAACAGAAAAACUGCUGAAGGAUUCUUCAUUUCAAGAAAUGAGGCCAUUCCAUUCGUGUCUCAUCUCUGUUGCCUUUUCUAAAUUGUCCAGUCUGGCUGCCAAACAAAAGAAAGAAUCAGGGUCAGCAAAGAAGCAAAAAGUGUCUUCAGUUGACAUUUCAGAAAUCUUUACCAAAUUGGGUAACAGGAAGAUAAAUUGGUGCCAAUCACAAAAGAAAGCAGCCAAAUGUCUAAAAAAUAUUGGGGAAGAUGUCUGCUCCUUACUUGAGUCUUUUCCGGUUGCUAAUAAAACUGGUCUGUAUGUUCAGAAAAAUUCAACCACAUAUAUUCAAGUCUUACAGAACUUACCCCUUAGAUUUCUGUCAUCCAAUGAUCAAAUUCGAGUUAUUAUGGGUCUGCAGGUUUUGUUGGCAUGUAACCCGCUCAGUGAUCUUGUAAAUGAACUGAAUGAUAAAGGAGCAGACUGUCAGUUGUUGAAUCUGGCUUCAGUUCAGUGCAGCAUAGCUUGUCUUCAGAUUCUUUUCUUCUCAAGUGGAGACAACUCUGUCUUCUUAUAUUUAAAUCCUGAGUCUUUCCUCAACUAUCUCGAGACAAUUUUCACUGAAGUGAAACAGGAAUCAGUCGGUGCUUGCAAAAUUCCACUGCUCAUCUCAUUACAUCAGUUGCUUGAAGGUGCCUUUUUUGCUCUUGUUAAUGAACAGAAAAAUUUUCCUGCUCUGCAGUCAUAUAUUUUAAAGCUCUGUAAAAGUUUGCAGAAAGCUCACAAGAAACUCAGCAAGAAGCCUCAGAAAACGGAAACCUUCAAUAAGAAAUAUUCUCUCACAUAUUUACUUGCUAGAAUUUUGGUUGAAGUACUUGGAAAGAAAAUCCAUGCUUGUAUCUGGAAGAAAAAUGUUAAAAAAGAGGUUGUUGGUUUCCUGGACCAAUUAUCAAAAGACAUUUUGAACACAAGCAACUGCUUCAGUGAUGUACUGCCCUCUUCACUCAUUGCAGCUUACAAUUCUGUCCUGACUUACCAAGAUUCCUUACCAGACUUAGACAAAGAAACUGUGGACAAAUUAUGGAAGAACAUGUCAGUUUGUUGUUAUGAAAAUCUCCAUAAGAAAGAUGUGUCUCUGCUUCUUCUCUCUGUACAAUUCUACUUCAUUUCUCUCAACCAGAAUCAUACUGCCCAACACUUGAAAACUGAUGAACUGAAUUUCUAUUCAAAGAAGAUGAUCUCUGAUUUGACUGCAGAAACAGCACUGACAGAUACUAUACGCUUAAAGAGCACAGUCGAGGUAUUUCUUGCUCUUUUUGCUGGUCAACGAAUGAAAGAUGAGCAUCUACCAAGAUUUAUCAACUCACAAUCUGAUAUUCUUCGUUGUUCACAGACUAUUUUCCAACAGAUACAAUGGCACACUGACCUCAGCAAAGUGGAAAAUGUUGCCAUUCCUUUAUUGCAUCUUGAAGCAAAAAUCUUGCAAAAAUAUAAGAACACACUCCCCUCACAGGUAGCUGUACAGGUUAUGCUUGGUUGCCAGUAUGUACGCUUGAAUGAACUUCCUGUGUCUACUUUCUGUGCUGUCUUUCAUGCUCUUUGUGAUGUCCUCUUUUCUCUGCUGCUUGACUUCAAUCGAGCUGUCCUGGCUACAUUACCAAGUUUUAUUGGUGUCCUCAAACGACUUCUUGUCAGUGUAUGCCAAGAAGGAAGCCAAGAUAUUUUAGCAAAGAAAUCCGAGGCAGUACAACCAAUUUCAGAUUGUGCCCAAUACCUGACAAGGCUGAUUUUACUGCUGUCAAAUUACAAGAUAGAAUUGAGUAAGCUAGUCAGCCAUCUCAUUGCAGAUUAUCUGGCUGCCACCCAGCAAACAACAUUAUGGCCCUCUAUCAAGAAUUUUCUGGACAAUGGAUUAAACAUUCUAUUGGGCAUUUGCAACCAGCAUGCCAUCCAGAAUCUCAUGACAGAACUUCCUGAUGGUUUGAAGCAUGUUUUCCGUUCAGUCUACAACAAAUAUGUCCAGAAUCAUAAAUAUACAGGAAAUAUAUGA